UGCGUUCUAUCUCUCAACCACACGGACGUGCUAGCUUUGGGGUACUAACAAGUCAAGUUCAAUCUCUUAUAAUGGGUAUGGAAAAACGCACCGUGAAAAUAAUUAUCGCCGUAGCUGUCACCGUGAUCGUCAUUGCUACAAUCCUUGGACUGCUGUUGGGUCUGCUGCUACCGCAACGCUAUGUUGAGCUGGAGGUGUGGCCUCGAUCUGAGGAGUUCAACUAUUAUCAACCGAUGAUCCAUUUCACGCCGAGUGACGCCGGCAGCUGGCAUCCUUGGUACCGACGCAUCAGUGAAUUCCUUAAAGUCUACGAGACUUCUGUUCCCGAUAAUCCACCUCGAGCUCCAUGCACCAUUCACAACCAGCGCGACAUGAUCAUCCGUUCCGACUCCUGCAGCGUGGCCAUGAAAGUAUGGGCUCCUUGCACAGCUGAUCAUUUUUAUGGCUACCCCGAUGGCAGACCGUGCGUGUUCUUACGGUUAUCUCACGUUCAUUACUGGGUUCCGCAUCCUUACAACAUCACCUCACCUCUGCCGAUCCCGCAGGAGAUGCCACAAAACCUACAGUUCAUGAUGCGUCAAUUCCCUGCUGAUAAAUACGGCGACACGAUCUGGGUGAGCUGCGAAGGUGAGUUCACGGCUGACAAGGAGAACAUCGGGCCUGUCCACAUCGUGCCCAUGUUGUUGCCUCCAGGCUUCCCGACGCACCGCCUCCACACCGCCGAUAAGAUCCCUUAUGCCACCAGGAACCUACCUGAUCCAGUGCCCGGGCCACUUGUCGCCGUUUACUUCGAGAAUCCCAGACGUGGAGUGGUAGUGAACGUGGAAUGUCGUAUCUGGUCGCGUGAUAUUAUCUACAGCCCUUCUAGCCGCGUCGGAAGGGCCCGUUUUGAGUUGCUAGUACAGUGAACUUUUCUGCAUUUCGAAUUAUUAACCACGCAAAACUUUAUGUUGUUACACGAAUCAUGCUGAUAUAGUUAAAAGGAAUAUCAAUUUUGAAGUCAGAAUUGUGGAAACUAAAUUGCAAUUUAUUCUACCAUUUCUACCGCUUUUGUUAUUCUGGUAACACUCUGUAGUGACUAUUAGAGACUGACCUCUAAUAAACUAGGAGUAGAUAUUUUAUUUACCAAUAUAUUUUUUCUUAAUUAUCUUUAUUACAAUUAGUACUUAAAACAUGCUGCUUUCCUGGGCCCCCUUAAAACAAUGUAAAUUUUAUUUACUGCUGGAACAGCCGGAAUAGCUUACGGUUCACCUAGUGUUAAGUAAUUAGGAGGCCCAUAGACAUCAACAACGUAAACCUGGUACCCACCUUGAGACAUGAGUUCUAAGUUUAAGUUUUAUAGUACAACGGCCAUAUAGUCCAACCCUUAUAGUCAAACCAGAACGUAUUAUCGCUCCACAGAAGAAAUAACUGAAGUGGUGAUACCUACCCGUGCGAGUUUAGUAGACGAGUUUAGUAGUUUUGUGUUGACCACCAGUCAACACAACACAAAACCUUCUAUCAGCAUCGUAAAACAUCCGAUCUGAAUAUCUCAGAUGCGCAAACUAAUUUUAACACACCCCUAUCAGCAGUCCUUGUGAAUUUUAGGCCUGGGAUAAAUAAAUUAUAAUCAAUGAUUAAAUGGCCAAAGAAUGCUUAAUAACGCUUAGAGUGUAAUUAUUAAUAUGAAAGGAAGACGAGAAAGAAGCAAUAGUAAACUGAGGUGGUCAGUGUUGCAAGCCCGUGUUUUCUGAUAAGAGUCCGGCAAAAUAUUAUCAUGCACGAUACUUUUUUCAUUUUAUGUCUUCGCAUUUCAGCGCAGAUCAGUGCCAUGUUGAAUUUGAAAUGAUUUGAAAGAAAAAAAAAUGAUUUGUAAAACAGACUUUAAAUAUUAUUUUUCUAUCAGCUGCAAUAUCAUUUGACUUAAUAUUGGUGUUUCUUUUUAUUCUGUAUCAACCCUUUUAAGUCCAUUACCUCUAACACCAAGUAAAAUAGUACUCCAGUAGUAAGACUAGAAUUCUUUGGACAAUUUAUUAUUUAUAUAGGUUUGUAAGAUUUAAAGACUUUACUUAGUCUUUAUCCUUUGACGUAACCCCAUAGAUACCAUUAUCAGCGUUAUGUUAAUCCUGUCUAAUAAAUAUGCUAUGUAUUUUCUAAAACAUAAAAGUGAUUAGAUGUAGAAUUAAUGUGUUCUUCCUAUGAUAUUAUGAAGUUGAAACUUUGUGCAAUUUUUACAUUAAUAUUUAGAUAAUUAUUUAAAUAAGUUUGUGUGAUGCCAAUAUGGAUUUUUUACUGCAGCUUUGUAUUAAUAGAUUUUAGCUGGCAGAACGUAUUAAGAUAAUUGGUAUUAACAUUGACAAUUGUAUUUAAACCUCUUAACUGGCUGGUAAUUACAAGUAUGUGCUUGGUGCAUCUAAGUGCAAGAUGUUAAAAACGGACGAAUUUAAAAAAAAAGUGGCAAUACUUUUCUUUUUUAACCAUCCUCACAAAAAAAGAGGUUAUCAAUUCAAUUAUUUUGUGUGCUGUGUCAGAAUAUUUUUUUAAAAGAACCAACUUAAAGAUUAUAUUUUAUUUGAAAGCUUGUUUUUCUCCGGGGGUCUCAUUUAAAUUUGAUCAAGCUUCGACCAGAUGGUUUUGAGUUAUCCUUAUUAAUGCAAAUUAUUAUUUAAUUAAGUAAAUUCGACAACAUUAGUGUUAUUGUCAUUUUAUUCAGUUGAAAUCGGUAUUCCUUUUUCCUAAAAUCUUCUAUAUUUAGUAUAGUAUCUUCUAUACUUAGUAUAAUGCAAUUUUGUUUUGAAAGACAACUAAACUAGCUACCUACUUAACCAAUUAAAUUCAGUAGGAAACAAAACUUUUAUAGUUUCAAGUUCAAGUUUUAUUUAUUAACUAUUCUGGAUUGAAUAAUGAUUUUUAAACAGCUACAAGUGCUUCUUUAGAUACUGUAGCAUACUACUAUAGAUAGUUAUGUUGAAAUGGAUUGUUGUGUGCAAUUGAGUCUGCUUAUCUGUUUAUGUAUUGUGUAAUUGUAACAUGUAGUAGUAGUGAGUGCCAAUCAAUUAGUACUUUUGAUAAUUUUAAAGAUUGUAUUAUAGUUAUUUUUAUAUUUUGAUUAUAUUUAUUAACAUUAUGGACAAGGGCACAGUGCCAGACUUAAUGGCUGAGGCAUUCUUUACUAAUCAACUGAGGGUGUUGUAGUACUGUGGUAGAUGCUUUAUUUAUAAUAAAAAAAAUAACCGUUCUAAAAAAUUUGUUGUAACACUAAUCAAAAUUGUUAGGUCUAAUGAUUAUUUAGGUUUUAAAAAUAUAUAUAGUAGGGCAUUAACAAUCUCUUACGAACUUCGAUAAUAUUUAAUCACACCAGUUUUUCGGAAUUCUUAAUAAUAUGUUCUUAUUCUAAGAAUGAAAGUAAUGAAAUAAAAAUAAAUUGUGAUUAUUCGUACUACCUAUUUAAGAUUAAAGGUUUGAAGGAUAGGAUAGCUGUUAUUUGUGUUAUUGUAAUGCAAUUGGUUUUCUGUGAGCCUAGGUAGGUAAAUAAAAACAUCGUAUGUGUAGUAAGCUGUGGAGGAUCUCGAAAUUAGUUGGAUAAAAUCUAAUGCUUUAAAUGUCUGUCUCAAGUCCACUGAAGUGUUGCUAAGUAACCACCGUUUCACUGACACUUUAUUUCAUCCCAUACCAUCUCGUUUCAUAUAAUUCCAACACAAUUGAUUAAUAAAGACUCAAUUUAUCUAAUUAACUUUAUUUUAUUUCGUAGUUACAUAUCGUUUUUUUAGAAAUUGUGUGCGUCAAAAAGUCGUAGUAAUUUUUUUCGUAGAAAUUGGCUUAUAAUGUUUUGUAACCCUGGCCGUAAGUAACCAAAUUAUUGAAAAUAGUAGUCAAUUGCCAUAAUGAAAAAAGGAAUAUGAUAAUUCAUCAUGUAGAAUUAAAACACGUAUGUUGUUCAUGUUCUAUUAUUGUGUGGUGGUUAUGUACCUUCCAGACAUUAGUUGUAUCGAUAAAACACACAAUAAUAAGGGUUUAGUAAUGCAUUUAUUUUUUUAAGAUUUGAUACCAAUCUCUCUAAGGUUUAGAUUCUUUUUUACCAAACUUAAAAUUAAGUUUUUUUAAUGGUUUUCAUGUAAUUUUUUAUAGUUUUUUUGCUGUUGUCUAAAUGUGAGCUGAAAUCUAUGGAAUUAUAAGUGAUACUCUGUUAAACUUGGUUUUUGUAUUCAUUUUCAUAAAUUAUUUAUUGUUAAUUAGGCUCUUUCUAAUUAGAAUUAAGUUUAAAUUAUAAAAAUAUAAUUACAGUUAUGAUGUUAAAAUAAAAAUAAAAAUGAUCUUGUUUCAUUUUUAA